AUGCCGACGCCGCCACCCGCGCAAGGUGGCGGGGUUCCCGGCGCGCCGCCGCCGCCACCACCUGGCUGGCCCGGCGCGCAGCAGAAUGCGCAGGGCGCGCAAGCGGCGCAGUUCAGUCCCGCCUUCUUCGCGGCGAUGCUCGCGCAGAUGCAGCGGAGCCAAGGCCAGAAUGGACAGCCGCCGCCACCGCCGCCGCCGCAAACAUCGGAUGAAAUUCUUGUCAGACGAAUUACAGUGGGUUCUACAUGUAGCAUGAUUUGUCGAUUCAUAGCAAGGAUACGCACAAGAUUCGGCAGGGGCACAAGGCCGACGCGCGAGAUGAGGCUCGACGAUCCUCCGCCACAAAAUCCCCGCGGCGCCUCCCCGUCAGCCGGCGGACCCUGCCUGUAUUGGCCAUUGACAGGCCGCCAAAGAGGCGAGGUGCUGUGA